UUAAAAACAUUUAAAAAAAUGGAUUGCAAGGAAACUACACUCCUCGAUAUUGAACCUGGAGAAGAAAUCGUUAUUUCUGGUAUCGCCGGUAGAUUUCCUGAAUCUGAUAACAUGAAACAUCUUCAGGAGAAUCUAUUUAAUAAGAUAGACCUCGGAUCGAAUGACAACCGACGAUGGAAUCACGAUCAUCCAGAAAUACCCCAACGCACGGGAAAAAUUAAUAAUUUGGAGAAAUUUGAUGCGGAAUAUUUUGAUGUUUCCUUCAAUGAGGUUCCCUUGAUAGAUCCUAUGGGUAGAAUGCUAUUAGAACAUACUUACGAAGCUAUUAUCGACGCGGGAGUAAAUCCGAAAGAUUUACGUGGAACAAAAACUGCAGUUUUUAUUGGAGUGUGUUUUUCUGAAUCGGAAGGAAAUUGGUUUUAUGAAAAACAUCAGACAUCUGGCUCUGCAAUUUUUGGAUGUAGUAAAGCUAUGCUGGCAAAUCGAGUCUCUCAAUGGUUGGGUGUGACAGGACCGUCUUAUUCAAUCGAUACAGCUUGCAGUUCAAGUCUUUUUGCUCUGGAGCAUGCUUAUAGAAUUAUGCGAACGGGGGAAUGUGAUGCUGCUAUCGUCGGUGGCGCAAAUCUCUGUUUGCAUCCCAAUUUAGCUUUACUAUUCACACGACUUGGAGUUUUAUCGCCUAACGGAGUAUGUAGACCUUUCGAUGAAAAUGCAAACGGUUAUAUGCGUAGCGAAACAAUGAGUAUAAUAUUUCUACAAAAAGCAAAGAGAGCUAAAAGAAUUUAUGCAACCGUCGUGUACGCUAAGAUGAAUUGUGACGGAUAUAAAGAGCAAGGCAUUACAUUCCCAUCUAGCGAAAUGCAAAGUGUUUUGCUUCAAGAGUUUUACGAUGAAUGCGGUAUAUCACCGUCUAAUAUAGCUUUUAUGGAGGCUCAUGGUACCGGUACCAAAGUUGGUGACCCAGAAGAAAUAAACGCAAUCGAAAAAAUUUUUUGCAAGAAUAGACAGUCUCCUUUGUUAAUUGGUUCUGUCAAAUCAAAUUUAGGUCACUCUGAAGCUGCUGCAGGUUUAUGUCAAAUUGCUAAGGUUAUAAUUGCGAUGCAAACUAGCAUAAUUCCGCCGAAUAUAAACUUUACACAAAUACGGAAAGAUGUUAAAGCCUUUGAGAAAGGAAGUAUACGCGUAGUAAACACUCCAACACCAUGGGAACCUAAUUUUGUAGGUGUUAAUUCGUUUGGUUUUGGCGGAGCCAAUUGUCAUAUUUUACUGCAAUCUAAUUUGAAGCAAAAAGUUAAUGGAGGCGUGCCAAAUGAUGAUUUGCCGCGACUCGUCAUCGUGUCUGGUCGAACUGAACAAGCAGUAGAAUCAUUAUUAAAUGAGAUUGAGAAUCAACCGAUAGAUGUUGAAUAUAUUCGACUGUUGCAUGAUCUUCAUGCUGACGACAUACAAGGUCAUCUUUACAGAGGAUACGCGAUUGUCGAAUCUAAAACAUCUAUAAAAAUGAUAAGAGAAAUACAUUAUUAUUCAGGUAAAAAAAAGCCGAUAUGUUUCGUGUUUUCCGGAAUAGGAACGCAAUGGCUUGGCUUGGGACAAGCGUUACUACGGUUUCCAAUAUUUUAUAAAACUGUAGAAAAGUGUGAUACUAUUUUAAGGACACGUGGAAUGUGCAUCAUUAAUGUAUUAACAAAUGAACACGAAGCAAUUGUUAACAAUAUAUUGAACUCGUUAGUUGGCAUUACUGUAAUGCAGAUCGGAUUAAUCGAUCUUUUAAAGUCCAUAAAUAUUGUGCCAGAUUAUGUUAUCGGUCAUUCGAUCGGUGAACUCUGUUGCGGAUAUGUGGCUGGUAAUUUUACAAUGGAGCAAGUGGUUUUAUCCUCGUAUUAUAUAGGAUUGGCGUUGAGUGAAGGAAAAGUAAUUUAUAGUGCUAUAGCGGACAUUGGUCUCAGUUAUGAGAAUACGAAAAAUAUAUGUCCACCGGAUAUUGAUGUAAUCCAUAACAAUAAUUCAAAUACUUGCUGUAUAAAUGGGCCAAGCAAAUCAGUAAAGACAUUUCUAAAACAAUUACAGGUUAACGACAUCUAUACUAAAGAAAUUAAGAGCAGCAACAUUUCUCUUCACAGUCGUCAUUUGUCAUCUGUAAGAGCCACAAUUCUAUCUUAUUUAAAUCGAAUAAUACCGCACACCAUGACACAUAAUCAAAAGUGGCGAACAUUUCUUCGUUGCACUAAGUUGUCCUAUGCUGAAUAUUUCACAAAUAAUGUACUAAAUCCUGUACAUUUCAAGAAAAUUGCGCAAUUGAUUCCUAAAAGUGCAAUAACUGUCGAUAUUGCACCAGAUGACAUUUUUCAAAACGACAUGAAAGAAGAAAAUAUAAUCAAUAUUGCAUUAUUACAAUGCAACUAUGAAGACAAUAUUAAAGUAUUCUUGCAAGGAUUAGGAAAAAUGUAUAAUAAUGGCUUGCAACCGCAACUGGCGAAUUUAUAUCCAACUGUGCAUUUUCCCGUUAGCCGUGGAACACCAAUGAUUUCGCCAUUAAUCAAGUGGAAUCAUUCCGAGGAUUGGUACGUAAUGUGUUUUAAAACAAAUAAGAAGAUUACUUCCGGAGAAAGAAUUGUCAAUGUCACACUGAAAGACGAAACUUUUGAAUAUAUAAGCGGUCAUGUAAUCGAUGGAAGAAACUUGUUCCCGGCUACAGGAUAUCUUGCUCUCGUUUGGGAUACGAUUAGUAUGCUGAGGGGUCAGUGGCUUAAAGAAAUAUCGAUCGUAUUUGAAAAUGUCAAGUUUAUUCGAGCAACGCAUAUUCCAAAGCAAGGAGACUUGGACUUAAUAAUAAUGAUUCAGAAAGGCACUGAGAACUUUGAAAUAAUAGAAGGAGAUAGUACUGUCGUUACCGGUACAGCGCGCAUUCCAUCAGAUCCUGCUAAAGAAAGAAUAUACCUUUUACAAGAAGAUUGUGAGAAUGAGGAAGAAGUCCUGAAGACGAAAGACAUUUAUAAAGAACUUAAAUUACGUGGAUAUCAAUAUGCCAAUCUAUUUCGAGGAUUAAAAAGUUCAUCCACUACUGGCAAGCAAGGACACAUUUUUUGGAUGAAUAAUUGGGUAACAUUCAUGGAUAAUAUGUUGCAAAUAAAAAUCUUCGGAAGAGAUAUGAGAAGUCUUUAUGUUCCUACCGAGAUACAAAAACUAGUGAUUGAUACAAAGUUUCAUACAAGAUAUAUACGAAAUAUAACAGCGGAAGAAAAACAAAUACCUGUGCACGUGUACAAUGAUUUAGAUACUAUAGUAUCAGGUGGCAUUGAAAUUCGUGGUGUGAAAGCUACUUCUAUAUUCCGUCGAAAGCAAACAAGCACUCCUGUUCUCGAAGAGUAUAGAUUUGUAGCGCAUCGUGACGGAGCUGAGGUUUCUUUACAAGAAAGCAUAAUAUUAUCGACGCAUCUCGCUUUAGAGUGUCAUCAAGUAAUGAAAAUAAAUAUUAUUGAGUUGAUUGAAAACGAUGAUGAGGUAACAACAGAAGAAUUAGCGUCUCCAUUAUUUCUCGAAGUCUUAAAUAAUCUGCCGUUGAUUAAACCAAACCUCAGUUUAAUAACCCGAAAAGAUCGUUUCGAUUCUAAUGUUCUUUCUUCAAAAAUCACAAUUUCGCAGUCCAUAAAGCUAUUAAAAGAUAAUAAUGCGAUAUUAGUGACUGGAUUUAAUCUAUUAACAAACGAUAAGAAUGAAACUUUAAAAAAAAUUCUGGGGGCAUUAAAGGAUGGCGGAUUCAUAUUGACACGAGGACAGCCACUCACAAAAGACGAUAUUGCAAAUACAGAGAAGCACGAUUUAGCAAUAGUCCUUGAAAAACGCACGAAAAAGGAACAUAUUGUACUCUUAAAGAAAAGGAAAAGAUCGUGGAGACGAGCAGAAGUCAUUUGGGUGAAUAAUUACGAGUUUUCUUGGUUAGAACAACUAAUAUCCAGCUUAAAUAUUGAGAAUAAUAUACAGAGAAUAAUUUUAGUAGGAGAAAAAGAUUCGGAAUGCGGUUUAUUAGGUCUUGUAAAUUGUUUGAGAAAAGAACCAGGCGGAGAAUUAAUAAGAAGUGUAUUGAUCCAAGAUGAGACAGCACCGAAAUUUUCUUUAGACGAACCGUUCUAUGCGAAACAACUCCAGAUCGAUCUCAUUAUAAAUGUUCUUCGUCCAGGAAUGAUAUGGGGAUCAUACAGACAUCUUCCGCUAGCACCUUUAGAGCCAAAACUUUCGUAUCAUGCUUUAGUCAAUCAAAUGAUUCGCGGUGAUUUGAACUCAUUUCGCUGGAUCGAGGGCCCGAUUGUUUCGGGUUAUCAGCACGAAAAUCUUUUUCGCAUAGUUUAUGCGUCUAUUAAUUUUAAAGAUGUAAUGUUAGCCACGGCUAGAAUCAUCAUGGAUGAAUAUAUGUCACGCGGACGAUUAGAAGAAUGUCUAAUAGGUUUCGAAUGUGUCGGAAUCGAUAGUGCUGGCCGUAGAGUAAUGGGUAUUUGGGAAAAUAGAUGUAUAGCAAAUAUGCGCAUAGCCGAUAGAGCUUUAUACUGGUAUGUUCCCGACGAAUGGACUUUGGAGGACGCUGCAACAGUCCCCUGCGCUUAUUGCACAUGUUAUUACGGAUUAUAUGUAAAGACAAGAAUGAAGAAAGGUGACAAAAUAUUAAUUCAUUCGGGCACUGGUGCUGUUGGUCAAGCAGCGAUUAAUCUCGCACUUCAUGAGGGUUGCGAAGUAUUCGUCACUGUCGGUACUCCAGAAAAGCGGAAAUUUAUAAGAGAGACCUUCCCAUCUAUUCCAGAGAAUCAUAUCGGAAAUUCACGCGACACUAGUUUCGAGCAAAUGAUAUUCCAACAGACCGAAGGUCGCGGUGUUGAUAUAGUACUAAAUUCAUUAGCCGAAGAAAAACUUCAAGCUUCUAUUCGUUGUCUUGCAAAAAAUGGACGUUUCGUGGAGAUUGGCAAGUUCGAUUUUAUGGCUAACAAUAUGUUGGACUUAUCAAUAUUUUCGAAAGGCAUAACAUUUUACAGCGUUAUGUUGGAUAAUUUAUUCUCAGCUACUGAGGAACAAAGAAUGGCACUGAGUAAAGUAGUAGUCAAUGGUCUUAUUAGCAGAGCCAUCAAACCAAUCAGCAGGAAAGUUUUUCAAAGAGAUGAAAUUGAAGCUGCAUUUAGAUAUAUGACAGCUGGAAAGCAUAUUGGAAAAAUAAUUAUUAAAAUACAUAAGGAAGAUGAAUCUAUAGAUGCACCCAUUCCGGCACUUCCGCGUUAUUAUUGUAUGGCGAACAUGACAUACAUUAUUUUCGGUGGCUUAGGUGGUUUCGGUUUAGAAUUUGCCGAUUGGUUGGUCAUUCGAGGUGCCAAGAAUCUCGUACUGGUCUCGCGCAAAGGAAUAAAGAACGGAUAUCAGCAAAUGAAAAUCGAAUUGUGGAAAUCUUACGGAGUUAAGGUGUUGAUAAUAUCGGAUAUGGACGCAUCGAAUGUUGAUGGUUGUGAACAUGUAUUGAGAACAGCGGAGAAAUUAGCGCCAGUGGACGCUAUAUUCAAUCUUGCUGUGGUAUUGAAUGAUAAAAUUUGCCAAAAUCACACUAUAGAGACAUUUCAGGAACCGUUUAGAGGAAAAGCUUGGACGACGAAGAAUUUAGAUCAAUUGUCUAGAAAAAUAUGUCCUCAGUUGCGGCACUUUGUUGUCUUUUCUUCAGUUUCCUGUGGCAGAGGAAAUGCUGGGCAGACCAAUUAUGGUAUGGCGAAUUCUAUUAUGGAAAGAAUUUGCGAGAAAAGAGUACAAGAAGGUCUACAUGGAUUAGCGAUUCAAUGGGGUGCAAUAGGCGAUGUCGGUCUAGUGGCUGAUAUGCAAGACGAUGACAAGGAAAUGAUUAUUGGCGGUACUUUACAACAAAAGAUAACCUCUUGUAUCGAGAAAUUGGAGGAAUUUCUGUUACAAAAGCAUCCGGUAGUAGCGAGUAUGGUUGUAGCUGAGAAGCGUUCGGACGCUUUUGGUGCAAAUAAUAUUGUUGAAACUGUGGCUAAUAUUAUGGGUUUGAAGGAUUUGAAUAACGUGGCUCGCCACACACCUUUACCGGAACUCGGUAUGGACUCGAUGAUGGCCGUGGAAAUUAAACAAACUUUGGAACGGGAAUUCGAUGUUUUUCUUACAGCGCAGGAUAUUCGUUAUCUCAACUUUGCUAAGCUUAAUGAGAUGUUUGACAAAGAUAAAUCGGAGGAUAAAAGCGAUCGAGAAGAGAACGAAUUAACUGGUAUUAAACUGUUCGUUCGUUUGGUGGGUAACGAUCAUUUGAUUCCCGAUAUCUGUAUAGAUCUUCCGACAAAAAGAGACAAAGAGAAAAGCGAAGUAUUUCUAUUGCCGGGAAUGGAAGGCUGCGGAAAUAUAUUUGAUUCAUUAGUACAACAAAUCGAAGCUCCAGCAACAUGUUUACAACAUGGAAUAUAUAAUAUUGGUGCAGAUUGUACUUCAAUAAACGAGAUUGCUGAUUGUUUGCUACAGCAUAUUUUAAGCAAAAAGAAAUUGAAUCAAGACUUUGUAAUUGUGGGCUAUUCAAUGGGAUCAUUGAUAGCAAUAGAGUUAAUGCGAAAAUUAGAACAGCUGAAUCUCCAAGGUCGAUUAGUGCUUAUCGAUGGUGCACCGGAGCAGAUAAAAGCAAUGGCAAAUCAUUUUUUACCUUUUACCACGUUUUUCGAACUCGAGAAUAAUGUACUUCUUAGUAUAAUGGAUACUAUACAACCAACACUUAGUGGGAAGCUUCUUUUAGAAUUAAAUAAAUGCACCAGCUGGGAUGAAAAAUUAGAUACUUUUAUAACUUAUGUUCCUUCAUCUUAUACACAUUUAUCGACUGAAAACAAUAAAUCUUUGUGUACAACAAUUUACAAGCGGUUGAUCGCUGUUCAUAAAUAUGAUGUCACACUAUUACCAAAAAUUAAAUCACCUAUAAUACUCCUAAAACCUACAAUACAAGCGUUAUCUUUUUCUCAAGAAGAUUAUGGUUUACAUAAGAUUACUAAAGGAAGUGUGGAAAUAUGUUAUACCGAAGGUAAUCACGUUACGAUGAUGGAUAACGAUAAAAUCGUCGCUGCAAUCAAUGGAAAACAUAUUGAAAAUAUCAAAAAAUUAAAGCUAGAUUUAAUAGAUGAUAACGUAACAUCUGUUAAAAGUAUUUAUUCCAGAUCAUAAUAGUAGUAUAAUUAGAUAUUUUAAUUUCUUUUUUAAUUAAAUAUGUUUUCUAUCUAUAUUUUGUGAUGUUUGUAUUGUAUCUAAAUCUAAAUUCA